ACCACUAGCUACCCUUUUCUAGCCACAUAAACAAAUGGGUCAGUUCUGGAGUCAUACGGCUUCGGACUGGAUCAGCUAUGGCUGUAGGCGUGGAUAGGCUGGAAAUUUACCAAAUCAAGCUAUUUGAGACAUACAGUCUAUUCACAGUGAAUAUUAUAAUUCUUCUGUACGGAUUAGUCACCAAUAUCUUCGAGUCGCUGAACUUGGCCAACACGUGCACGUGAGUUAAUAACAAUUUGAGAUAUCGCUCAGGAACUCACUAACCUGAAGGAUCAACUUCCGAAUAUGGACAUGGAAUCCGUGUUGGCCAACGUGUGGAUUGCUUCUUCUUGCCAUAAAUAUGGCAAUUUCUCAGAGGUCCAGAAAGCAAGCCCAUACAGGACUGGAAAAUUACCCGGCGCAUUCUUUCAAUUCCGCAAUGAUAAAUGGGCCCAUUCUGGCGUAUGUGGGGCCUUACUCAUCGUCUACAUUUACCUCUCCGUGGUCUUCGUCCGGGAACUAUGUCAUUCUCGGAGAAUCGUCGUCCCAGAUCGAGUCCCAUAUCGUCGAUUGAUAUCCAGCUCUGCCUCCAUUCAUUCCAGUUUUGAAGAUAUGGAGAACGAUCAAGAAUGGGGCUCAUUUCCAAGUCCUUCAGACGCACGAUUUAAGCGGGCUUAAAGAAUUUUUCGUCUGGCGCCAAAUUCAACUUAGAGUGGGUCUAAAUCACGCAACCUCUCAAGAUAUCCAAACAAACCUCAAAAACCAACGUGAUGAUGUGGUAUACAAGAGUCAAAUGGAUUCGUUCCAAAUUUGCAAAUAUAAACCAUAUCUACAAACGACAUUUCCUUUUGGGUAUUGAAACGAGCUGUGAUGAUACUGGUGCAGCGGUAUUAAGCAAGGAGGGACUGAUUUUGGGAGAGGCUUUGGCUAAACAGCCCAGCUCAGAAUUUGGAGGCGUUGUCCCAUCAUUUGCCAUGGGUUUCCAUGCUCGAAACUUACCUGUGGUGACCAAAUCCGCCCUCGAUCAGGCCCAAAUGACCAUGGAAGACGUUCAAUACUUGGCUGUUGCUGUUAAACCAGGCCUCAGUGGAUCAUUAGCUACAGGGUUAGAUUAUGUCAAAUAUUUGAGUCGGAAACAUAGUAUUCCGCUCAUCCCCAUUCAUCACAUGGAAGCUCACGCACUCACGGCGAGGAUGAUAGAAGAGAUCAAGUUCCCAUUUAUGGUUUUACUCAUUUCCGGUGGACAUUGUCUUCUUGCCAUCGCGGAGGAUAUUGGCAGAUUCAAACUUCUGGGCCAGUCUUCCGAUAAUUCACCCGGGGAAGUUUUGGAUAAAGCUGCGCGAGCUCUCAGACUUCACGCAUUACGACCAGAUUUGCGAUCAGUGCCAGGCGGUCGAGCAAUUGAAAUAAUGGCUAGUGAAGGUGGAAGUCCAUUUGCUAUUGAUUUUCCCACACCUCUGAUGCAAUUCAAGAGUUGCAAUUUCAGCUUCUCGGGUUUCAAAGCCCAAUUGUGGAAUGUUCUAAAUCAGGUAGAGAAGAAGCAACCUUUAGAACCAGACGAGCUAUUACCCAAUGUCUCCGAUGUUGCCGCCAGUAUUCAGUACGGUGUCGCACGUCAUAUUUGCCAUCGGUUACAAAGAGGUUUCGAAUAUGCUCUUCUUGAAGAAAUUUGGCCGUCCAAUCAAGAAAACACUUUGGUGGUUUCCGGGGGUGUGGCUUGCAACCAGAGUAUCCGCAACUCAAUUCUCAAGAUUUGUGAGGAAUACAACAUCAAAGCAGUAUUUCCCCCUCCGAAAUAUUGCACGGAUAACGGAGUCAUGAUCGCUUGGAAUGGUUUGGAAAAGUAUCGCAAAACUGUGGAUAUUAUUCAACCAGAGCAAGUUAUGGAAUUAGAUGUGUCGCCACGAGUGUCAUUUGGAACUGACAUUAGUGAGCAAGUCACAAAUCGGAACAUUAAGUGCAAGUGGAUCAAACUUUUAUGAUGCUCCGAACCUGACGGCAAAAGAAAGGUCUCUUUGGUAUUUAAAAUAUAUUACGUAACAGUCA